AUGUUGGACAAGAUAGGUCAGAACACUUCGGAGUGGACCACCAUUCUCGCUUAUAUGGUGUGUUCCAAGCUCGAUUCCGCUACGCUACGCCAGUGGGAAACUCACCACAACUCGAAGGAGGUUCCCACGUAUGCAGCCCUUCUCAGUUUUCUCCGCAACCACUGUGAUGUUCUUCAAUCAGUCGCUCCUGCAAAAUCCCAGACCAUCGAUCAUCGUUCUUCUAAAUCAACCGUCUGUCACGCUGUUGUGAAGACGUCGAACAGAUGCACAUUAUGCAGUGAAUCGUGGCAUCCUCCUUCUCAGUGUGCUUUGUUUCAACGGAUGAAGGUUUCGGAGCGCAUCGAAGCUGUUGCUAAGCACAGGUUGUGUCGUAACUGUCUGCGUCCUGGACACUCUUCAAGUUCCUGCGAGAGAGGAGUCUGUCGUCAUUGCCAACAGAAGCACCACUCCAUGCUACAUGGAGCACCCAAAUCAUCCGUUCCACACUCGCAGCCGAGACCUCCGUCUCAAGACGCGCAACCGAGACAGUCACAGACUAAGCAACACAAUCCGAACCAACACACACACACUAAUACUGCCAACUCGCAGCGCACAAACAACACACAGCCAACCACAGACACACCCACCACAAGUCAAAAUUAUAUUGCACUCCCCAUCACACCAACACACAACAUACUCCUGUCAACCGCUCUCGUGACAAUCAAGGACCGUUUUGGCAGAACAACGCUCGCACGAGCCCUGCUUGAUUCGUGUUCUCAGCACUGUCUAAUGCCAGCAAGUUUUGCGAAUAAGCUGCAGUUUCAUGAAUCCCCUACAUAUUCGUCAGUUCAAGGAAUCGGUUCAUCUCGAUCAGUUUCCACCAAAUUGAUCAAAGCAGAGAUCAGUCCCAGAUCCAGGAUUAUAUCAUCCUUCACCGCAGAAAUGCAGUUCCAUGUACUACCGAAAUUGACUGUUCUUUUGCCGACGACGAGUUUCAAUCCUGCCGAGUGGGAUCUUCCAGAUUCUACUCUGAUAGCCGAUCCCGGUAUCCACGAGCCUGGCCCAGUUGAUUUGAUCAUAGGGGCGGAGUAUUACAUGGACUUGCUGAAGAAUGAGCGACAGAGAGCAACACCAUCAGGACCGACUUUGCAGAAUACGGUGUUUGGGUGGAUACUUUCGGGACGCAUUCCUAACAGCUCAAGCGGCGAACCAUGCUCACUGGUUCACGUAUGCUCGACAGCGGAGGUCGAAGAGCAGCUUACUAAAUUUUUGGAUCUGGAGACUUGUCGUACCACCAGCAUUAAUUCUGUAGAAGAAUCAUCCUGCGAACAGUUUUUCGAGCAGACUACAGUGAGAGACGAGAGUGGUAGAUUUGUUGUAACACUACCAAAAAAGGAACAUGUUAUCAGUAAACUGGGAGAUUCAAAGGCAACAGCACUUAAGCGGUUCAUGGGACUCGAACGGCGAUUCGCAGGUAAUCCGGACCUGAAGACGGUAUAUUCUGAAUUCAUCCACGAAUAUCUAACUCUCGAGCAUAUGAAGGAGGUGAUCGAGGAUAUCGAUGGAGGCAAGAAAUGUAUCGAAUGGUUCGAGUACAGAAUCUUAUGGAGAGAUUCUAUAGAAGAGCCAAUCCGUACGUUCGAGCUAACCACAGUAACGUACGGAACCGCGUCUGCACCGUAUCUGGCCACGAAAUGUCUGCGAAGUUUGGCGGAAGAAGGAGCAGAAACGCACCCAGAAGCUGCUAAGGUGCUGGAGCAAGUUUUCUACGUGGAUGAUAUGCUCUCAGGUGUAGACGACGUAGAGGAUGGAAAGAAGCUGAUACAGCAGCUGGUCGAGCUUCUGGAGUCAGCUAGGUUUUCACUACGAAAGUGGAAUUCUAACAACAGAGAGCUGCUACUAAAUGUCCCUGAACACUUAAGAGACGACCGUUCGAUUCUGGAGUUAGACUCGUCUAGCUCAACUAUCAAGACGCUAGGACUUGUCUGGGAACCCAGUACCGAUCGCUUUCGAUUCACUACCCCGGUCUGGAGCUCUGCUGCGGUAAUUACCAAGCGCACAGUGCUAUCAGACGUCUCGCGAUUGUGUGACCCCCUAGGGCUCGUGGGGCCAGUCAUCAUACAAGCGAAAAUCUUCAUCCAAGAAUUGUGGAAGCAGGAGUGUUCUUGGGAUGAACCGCUGACUGAAGAGUUGCAAGAGUAUUGGCACGAAUAUCGGAGAAACCUCGCCGGUUUGGAUAGCCUCUCGGUCCCCCGGUGGGUUGGAAGCAUUAGCAGCAGUGCAGAAGUGGAAAUUCACGGAUUCUGUGACGCAUCCGAGUUAGCGUAUGGAGCGUGUACAUUAGAACAGUUACAGAGGCUGGGUCCGUAG